UCUGUUGCACAGUGAUUCAGUCGAGGGACAAGGGGAGGGCUGACACCACAGCACGCUCACCGGCCACUGGGUCGACGUCAGAAGUUAACAGUCGGCUCCUGCUUCUUCGCAUUCCCGACAUUUCUCCACCCUACAAGAAGAACUACAAGAGUAAUCAUGGCAGAGGCCCACCAGGCGGUGGCCUUCCAGUUCACGGUCACCCCAGAGGGCAUCGAUCUGCAGAUGUCCCACCAGGCCCUCACUGAGAUCUACCUCUCUGGCAUGCGCUCGUGGAAGAAGCGUAUCAUCAGACUCAAGAACAGUGUGAUAACAGGGGUAUAUCCUGCCAGCCCUUCCUCCUGGCUUUUUGUGGUCAUAGCAAUCCUGGCUACUAUGUACACUCGCUCUGACCCCUCCAUGGGCCUCAUAGCCAAGAUACAGGAGCACCUCCCAGUCAGCCAGUCGAUGAGUACCCAGUGCCAGGCGGUGGUGUCAGCGGUGCUCUUUAGCACCAUGCUAUGGCUCUUGCUCAUCUUCACCAUGCGCCUGUGCCUCAAGCAGCUCCUCUCCUACCACCGCUGGAUGUUCGAGCAACACGGCAAGAUGUCUAACACCACUAAAGUCUGGGUGGCGCUGGUGCGGAUCUUUUCUGGCAGAAAGCCUCUGCUCUACAGCUACCAGGGGUCGCUGCCAAAUCUGCCUGUGCCCGCCAUCAAGGACACAGUCAAGAGGUAUUUGGAAUCUGUGCGUCCAUUGAUGGACGACACAAAGUAUGAACGCAUGACCAAGCUGGCGGAGGAGUUCGAGAGCAGCCUGGGUAACCGUCUGCAGUGGUACCUCAAACUCAAAGCUCUCUGGGCAUCCAACUACGUUAGUGACUGGUGGGAGGAAUACAUCUACCUGCGGGGACGAAGCCCUAUCAUGGUCAACAGUAACUACUAUGGCAUGGACUUCUUGUAUGUAACACCCACGCCUAUCCAAGCGGCCAGGGCAGGCAACAGCAUUCACGCGUUCUUCCUGUACCGUCGCAAACUCAACAAAGAGGAGAUCAAACCUAGUCGUAUACCAGGCACUGUCAUUCCUCUGUGUGCCGCUCAGUGUGAGAGGAUGUUCAACACCACACGCACUCCUGGAGAGGAGACGGACACUGUGCAACAUUGGCAGGACAGUGAUUACAUAGUGGUAUACCACAGGGGUCGCUACUUUCGUCUGAGGGUGUACCAGGCGGGCAGACUCCUGUCGCCUAGGGAGAUUGAAUUCCAGAUUCAGAGAAUCCUUGAUGACCCUUCACCUCCUUGCAAAGGAGAGGCCAAACUUGGGGCUCUGACCGCUGGAGACAGAAUUCCAUGGGCUAAAGCCAGGAUGAAGUAUUUCAGCAGUGGGGUCAAUAAACGCUCCCUGGACUGCAUCGAGAAAGCUGCCUUCUUUGUGGCCCUGGAUGAUGAUGAACAGGGUAUGAUGGGAGAUGACCCUGCAGCCAGUUUAGAUCGCUAUGCCAAGUCCUUGUUGCAUGGAAAAUGUUAUGACAGAUGGUUUGACAAGUCCUUCUCAGUUGUUUACUACAAGAAUGGAAAGAAUGGCAUAAAUGCAGAGCACUCGUGGGCUGAUGCACCAGUGUUAUCGCACCUAUGGGAGUUCACCUUGGCCUUUGACAGUUUCCAGCUGGGUUACAAUGCAGAGGGUCACUGCAAAGGAGACGUGGAUUCAUCACUGCCACGACCACAGAAGCUGAGCUGGGAAAUCCCUCCAGAAUGUGAGGAGCAGAUCUCUCAGUCCCUGGCAGUGGCCCAGGCCCUGGCCGAUGAUGUCGACUUCCACGUUUUCCCCUUCCAAGACUUUGGCAAAGGAAAGAUCAAGAAGUGUCGAGUCAGUCCAGAUGCCUUCAUUCAAAUGGCUCUUCAGCUGGCCUACUACAGGGACCAGAAGAGGUUUUGUCUGACGUAUGAAGCUUCCAUGACCCGUCUGUUCAGGGAGGGCAGGACCGAGACUGUUCGCUCCUGCACCAAUGAGAGCAGGGCCUUUGUCCAAGCAUUCGAUGGUGGAGAGGCAGCAGAUGUGUGCAGUCGUUUGUUCCGCACUGCGUUAGAAAAGCACCAGCUUCUAUACCGCUUGGCUAUGACCGGAGCUGGCAUCGACAGACACCUCUUUUGCCUCUACGUGGUUUCCAAAUACCUCGGAGUGGAGUCUCCUUUCUUGAAAGAGGUGCUGUCUGAGCCCUGGAGGCUGUCCACCAGUCAGACUCCUGUUCAGUUGUCGGAGAUGUUUGACCCAGUCAACCACCCAGAGUAUGUCUCCCCUGGUGGGGGCUUUGGUCCGGUGGCUGAUGAUGGUUAUGGGGUGUCCUACUGCGUAGUGGGAGACUGCAUGAUUAACUUCCACAUCUCGUGCAAGCGCUCAUGUCCAGUCACUGACACCCACAAGUUUGGUGCUCAGAUCAGAAAGGCUCUGCAUGACCUGCUACAGCUGCUGAGCCCCACCCAAAAAGAGCCCAGCAAAGUUGAAGAGAGCCGGCCCGAGGUCAAGAAAGACCUGUAGACGGUUACUCAGGGGAAAAAGGCGUGCUGACAGGAAGGUGUGUGAACUGAAAUGUUACAAUAUGAAGUAAGGAAAGAGUUUUUUUUUCCCCCUUGCACAUCGGGAGAACUUUAAAGCCAGUAAGAUGAUAUUCAAAAGACGGCUCCAUGGGGAAGCUGGUAUGAUGGAGGUGAUGUUUUUACUAAUAUGCAUAUGUAUUUGUGUGUUUAUAUUAGCUAUGUGAUGGGUGUGUGGAGAGAAAAGGUCCAUAGAAUAACAAAUCAAGGAGUGUGAUUCAAAUGCAAUAUGGUUUAUUGGUUUAGUUUUAACAGACAAAUCACUGAAAAAAAUUGUAAUCAUGAACCUUAAAUGAAAAAGUAAUUAUUGAGACAUGGUUAGAUUAUUUUUAAUCCUGAUGUCACCUUAUUGCAGGGAGGAAUUUAAUAUAAAUUCAAGUGCAGUUUGUUUUAACAGCAUUAAGUACACUACACUUUUUGUGCCACUAAUUGUUUGUUGAGGGAUUUGUCUGGAAAAUACAGUUGUGAGAAAACAUGCAGGACUGUUGAGGUGACUUCAGUAUCUGAACCCAACAUUGUCAUAACAGCGAGAACAAGAAUUUUAAAAAUCUUGGAAGUCUGUGACUUCUCAGUGUUUACUCAUUAUGUAUAGAUCUGCUUUUUACAUACAUGAUUGUAAUGCUCUGCUCAGAGUGCCAGGCUGUUUAUAUACAUGUAGUAAUAUCACACUGCUUUAUUAAAUUCAUAGGUUAGCAUUACUGUUUGAUUAAGUUCAGUUCAAGCUAAUUCAAACUGUACAUACACAUAAUGUUGAUCAGAUUUUCUUGCAGUGGUCAGUAAGCAUUUCAAACUGUCGAAGUUAAAAACUGUACUGUAAAUGAACUCCAGUUAUUUCACUGCCAUCUAUAAAUCUGAUUUAUAUUUUUUCUUUUUCAUCAAUAAGCAUCAUAACAAUGAUGCGAGUUAUAUUUAUGAACAUGGUGAGCAGUUAUUCAGUCAUAAGCAGUGCUGCAGGUCAGAUGUGGGUUACACGUGAAGUGACAUUUUGUAGUCAAGCUGUCUGAUUCAAAAUGGAUGGUAUGUUACCAGUGAAGCAGAUUCCUGUUAUUCUCUGCUGAGUUACUGUUUUUUGUUUGUUUUCACUUCAGAUUAGUUGGGCUUGUCUCAUUAUAUUGCUAUUGUCAGCCUUUUUUAAUGCAGUAUUACAAGGGAACAUAAACUCAUUCUUAAAGAAAAAGA